AUGAACUUGACUAGUGCAAAUAAUACCUUGCUCAAAAUAGGCGUUGAUUAUUUCAAAGAGCUACAAGGGAGCCAAAAACCUUCAAAUUCUUCAGUUUACACCGGGGCAGCUGGCCCUGAUUUACAGGAAGGGAUGAUGCAUGUUGAGGAGUUUUCAAAGGCAGCUUUCGGCUCGUCCAUCUUUAUUAUCAUAGUUUCGCCCAUGACAAUCGUGGCCAACAGUUUGCUUCUUGUAACUUUUCUCGUCGAUCCACUCAAGAUUUUCCGCAACCCAACCAGCUACUUUCUCAUCGGUUUGGCCAUCGUGGAUCUCCUAACGGCACUAAUACAAGAACCUAUCUAUGCCACCUGUUUCAUGCUGAUGUACUUCCAGCAUCCUUCGUGGACGAAAUGUGAAUCUUGGAUGGAAUUUGCAUUCUAUUUUUCAGCAUUUCCAGUCUCAAUAUCGGCAUCUAUCGUUUUUGCCUUUACAUUGACGCACUAUAUCGUGGUUACAUCGCCUCUGAAGUACGGCCGCAUGAUUACAAAGAAGAAAGCCUUAGUUAGCGUUGUUGCUAUAUACCUCUAUCAUACGCUUUUCUGUUGUUUACCUCUGAUGGGUGUUCCACAGAGGACCAAACACGCCAUCGACUUAUUUUUUCACAGGUACACUGUUGUUCUCGUCACCAUCGUGGUAUACAUUAUUCUGCAUUACACCAUGAAAAAGAAAAUGACCGCAGGGCGCUCACUCCAAAGCGAGGAGGGAAGACACGUUCAGGUGCAGCGAAGCUUUGUCCGUAUAAAUGUCGUUCUUCUCAUUAUUAUGAUCAUGUUUUUCGUGCCUUCAGUUCUACUGAUGACAAUCAGAUUUUUUCUGGACGACAUAUUUACUGCUCGGUAUGGGAUACGGGUUCUCGUUGUGAAUUUGAUGACCGACAACCUGCUUUACCUAAAAUUUCUGUUUGAUCCGAUUGUGUACGCGUGGCGCAUGUCCAAGUACAGGAAGUCUCUGAAAAGCACUGUUUAUCGUAAUAAAGAUAAAGAGUCCAGCAGAAGCGAAAACGAGACUAAACUCACAGAUACAAGAGGUCAGGUAGGUGAGCUGGCAAGUGCUGAACUGAACAAGUCAACGAUAACUUUACUCAGCUUUAAAAAUGUCAGCACAGAUUAAGGGUAGACCCUCUCCCUUUUUGGUACACAUAAGCGGUCAUAACUGAUGAAUCAGACGUCUCCUAUGGAUAGAGUUAAAACCAUCACAACGGAGAAAUUCAUCGUGAAUAUAACUCAGUGUUCUAUCAUCAAAAUAAAACUCAUUAAAAAGGUACAACAAACUGGACUUCAUUGAAACUUUCAAUUGACAAUACAACUAUUCAGCAAACUCUGAAGACUUACGUGGAAGAACGUUCAUUGAGAACGUGGUUGAGAAAUCAAGCAGUUUGAGAACAUGGUAAUGACCACUGGUGAGAUUUUAUGGAAUAAAGAAAGGUCUCUGUUGAACAGCCAAAGUC